AUGCUGUUCGAGCAGCAUUUGUUUCUGGAUGCGCCGCGCGGCGCGAGGGAGAGCAAGCGGUGCGGCUUCCGCAUGUUCCGCAGUGCGUUCCGCAGGAUCUUGUUGCUUAAGCGCUGGGCCACGAGAACGACGAGGACGGGAAGUGGAAGUGCCGCUGGGACUGCGAAAACAUCAAAGCGAAAUACUAAAAAACUACAUGCGUGGUCUCACUUUUUCUACGUUCUUCUCGCUCCGUGUUUGUUGUUCUUGUUUUUCUGCUGCUUUUUGUUUUUAGUCGACGAGAGCAGCUCCUCCUACUUUCACCUCCCUCUGGUUCAGGCCGCUUUUUCCUUGGAGCCCUUUUUCAACCCGUUGUGCUUACCGGAGCGGGGUGGCGGGUGCGACGAAAGCAGUGCCACGUAUGAGAUUUCGCGGACCAACACCGCCAGCGAGACGGUGCGGUCCUGUGACACGAAGUGUCGGGCCAUUUCCGGGUGCGUCGCGUUCGUGAUUUUUCGACUUCCGAGUAUCACACUGGAUUGCAUUUUUUACCGGGCUGGGUGCCAGAUCGACCCAACAAUGGCGACGACCAGGAAGAGGCAGGCCGGCAAUUACGACUUCCCGUACUACACACUGGCGCGUAACGAGGCGCAGUGCAUCGACCAACAAGACACCCCUUUGCUAGACAGCGACGCAAAUUGCCCCGUACGACAAAUAAAUGAUGAACCACACGCAGCGUAGACUCACUCCUGUCCAGUGAUCCAAUAAAUGAGCUUUACAAUCUUGAGAGAGAUCCGGAAGGAAACACAAGGAAACCAAUGACCUAAAUGAUCCCGGAACUAGUGUGAAGCUGUUUCACGACCACCGCUCUGGGGGUGGUCGGGACAAGAAGCAAGACGACCUGCAAACCAGCAGAGUGGAAGACUUACCCAAGACACCCCCUGAAUACGUACAGGCCUUGAGUUACAAGGCCGCAGCUUAUGUCGCGCAGUGGGGGGGUGAACGAGUUGACAGGGGGGAAAGAAAAACGUCAGAGGGUGGGCAAGGGAAAAGAUUUUUGAUGCAGGGUGGGGCCAAGCCCCUGCGCCGCUUCGUGCUGAAAGAACGAAGGCGGAGCGCCAUGGCGCCCGUGGUUCCCGUCGUUGUGCGAGCGCGAGGACCCCGCCCGCAUUGGGCGCGCGUUUCUGAGGCGGCAAGCCUUAGGCCCAACAACGCUACGCAAAGCGUGGCAGCGGGCGGGCGCCAGAGGACGAGGGAAGGAAGCAGGAAAACAGCCCGCGCAAUGCACGGCGCUGGCGCGUGGCGCCCCGUCCGCGCGUCUGUUGUGUGGGCGCGUCCGUGAAGCCUGCCGGUGCGCCCCGCUCCUGCACGCCCUGGCGCCGCCGCCCCUUCUUCUCCCGCGCGCAGCCUUGCAGAACAAAGGCUGGCUGGCUCGCUGUGGCCCCUGCCACGCGCGUGGAUAGAGGGCGGGCGCCGGGGCGGGGCAUUUCUAGCCUACUCUCCAGGCGCAGGGGCCCGCCACCCUCUCCCCGCACCCCCGGACAACAGCGGCGCCCCACGCGUUAGCUCGCGCGCAAUCUCUUCCGCCCCCGCCUCUUCUCGCGCGCAGCCAGCCAGCCUCGCUCCAAGGGGCGGCGGGCGGCGGCGCCCUCGGUCUGCCCGUCUCGUCGUGAACAGUGGGACGGCGCCGGGAGAGGGUGGUGGGCAGCUGCUCGCCUGGUGCUUGGGCGCGGCUUUCCCCCUGGGCCGGUGCUUUCGCUUUCCAACCAUCCCCGCGCCCCCCGGCUUCCCCGCGCUUCCCGGCCGCCUCCCCCGUGUUUCCCGCCUUCCCCGUGCCCCCUGCCUUCCCCGUGCUUCCCGCUUUCCCCGUGCUUCCCGUUUUCCCCGUGCUUCCCGCUUCCCCCGUGUUCCCCGCUUUCCCCGUGCUCCCGCUUUCCCCGUGCUUGCCUGCCUCCAAGAGGCGGCGGACGGCGGCGCCCUCUGCCGUUCUCCUCGUGAACAGAGGGAGGGCGCCGGGGAUGGGUGGUGGGCAGCUGCUCGUCUGGUGCUGUGGCGCGGGCGGGCGGCUUUCCCCGUGGGCUGAUGCUUCCCGCCUUCCCCGCGCUUCCCGUUUUCCCGUGCUUCCCGCUUUCCCCGUGCUUCCCGCUUUCCCCGUGCUUCCCGCUUUCCCCGUGCUUCCAGUCUUCCCCGUGCUUUCCGUUUUCCCCGUGCUUCCCGCUUUUCCUGUGCUCCCCGCCUUUCCUGGGCAUCCCGCUUUUCCUGUGCUUCCAGCCUUCCCCGUGCUUCCCGUACGUUUUCCCCGUGUUUCCCGCCCCCCCCGUGCCCCCCGCUUUCAAAGCUGCAAAAACGGAAGAAGCGGCUUCGUUGGAAGGUUGUUGCGAGAUAUUUCCUGGUCAUAAUAAUUUGCGAGGGCUGCAAAAUAUUUCGACUUGCAAAAUACUUCGACUUGCGAAAUUUUUUGGCUUGCAAAAUAUUCCGACUUGCAAAAUGUUUCGACUUGCAAAAUUUUUUGGCUUGCGAAAUAUUUUGCGUUGCAAAAUGUUUCGAGUUGCGAAAUAUUUUGAGUUGCGAAAUAUUUUGCGUCGCAGAGUAUUUCGCUUUGUAAAGUAUUUUAAUUGGCAAAACGUUUUGCGUUGCAAAAUAGAUGCGAGCGAAGCGAUGGGGGUUGGGCGAUGAAAGUUGGGGGCUGGGCGAUGAAGGUUGGCAAUCGGGCGACGGAAGUUGGGAGCCCGUGUCUUCUGCCCUCCCCAUGCCCCCCGCUUUCAAAGCUGCAAAAACGGGGGAGGCGGUUUUUUCGGGGGUUGUUGCGAAAUAUUUUCUGGUCAGAAUAUUUCCCGAGGGUUGGAAAAUAUUCGGAGUUGCAAAAUAUUCCGACUUCCAAAAUAUUUUGCGUUGCAAAGUAAUUCGAGUCGCGAAAUAUUUGGAGUUGCAAAAUAUUUUGCGUUGCAGAGUAUUUUGAUUCGCAAAAUAUUGCGAGGCGCAAAAUAUUUUGCGUUGCAAAAUAGUUGGGCGAUGAGAGUUGAGCGAUGGCGGUUGGGCGAUGAAGGUUGGGAGCUGGUAAGUGGGCGGCGGGGGUUGGGUGCUAAGCGAUGGGGUUGGUGGCGAGUUUGGCGAUGGGAUUUGCGAAUUGGGCGAUGGGAGACGGACUUUGCGAGUUGGGCGAUGGGAGUUGAGCGGUGGGCGGUGAGCGAUUUCGCAAGUCGCGAAAUUUUUGGAAAGUUUGAAAAGUGUGAAAAAAGUUUCGGCGUGGACGAUUUUCCUCCCCGUCGCAAAGUUUUAACCGCCCCCGCUUAUAGGAGUUAUAUUGCAUGCCGUGAAUGCUAUGAAUCUGUACAGUGAUUGGGGAUUAGCCUCAACCUUACGGCUAUCCCUAUUUGAAAAACCAACUGCGUCCCACCCUUUGGGUAUUGUUCCCAACUGGUAUUGGGUCUGCUCUGUGUGGUUCGUCUUCGCGCUUUCGCUUAGCAGAGUUAUGAGCCCAAAAUGCAUCCUAAAUUGCAUUGCAGUAAACUAACUAAGCGACCACACCGCAGUAAAAAACGAGCACUACCAGCGGCAGUAAUAAGCGGAAAAAGCAAAAGAAGAACAGGAACGGGAUGAACGGCGGAAACAAGAAUACCGGAGCCGAAGGGCAGCAAGCUGCUAUCCAGCAGCCGGAAACCACCGCGCCGCAGACUCCUACUGGCGACAAAAUCAAGAACCCCCGGAACCCGAGUACUGGCGGGAGCACCUUCGGCGUUGCCGAGCGUGAGGAAUUCUCGAAAACCAAAAAGGAGUUGCAGAAUUUGGGCGCAGCAGAAGAGCAACCUCGAGCAGAAUUAUUUGCAUCGCGACAGCGAGAAAACCAAUCGCGAGAACAACUGCAAACAGCUUCAGGAUGAGGCGGAAGCCGCGAAACUGCAGGCGCAGCAGGCGGAAGAAAAGCGCGCCAGCGACCUUGCUGAGCUGCGGAAGCAACUCGACGAAGCGGCAGAGCAGGCGGAAGCAAAACGCGAAAACGCCGCCACCGAAAUUCAGCAGCAGCUCGGUACGAUGGCGGAAAAGGCGGACCCGGAGCGCGAAAAGCGUGAAAAAGCCGAGGUGGAACGCGUCCAGAAGGAGCGCGAGAAGGAGCAACUGCCGGAGCAAGUCAACGCCGCGAACAAAUUGAAGUGGGAGCUGACGGAACAGCUCUCCCAAGCGAAAAAGGAGAAUGAAGGAGGAGCAGCUUGCCAAAGUCCAGGAGCAGAAGAUAGAAUCGCAGCCCAGUGCGCAAUCAGAAGAAGAAAGACAAGAAGCGCAAGCGGUUCUCUUCAACUUCUGAAAGUUUAUUCGUCUUCCGAUUCCGGUUCUAGCAGUGAAAAGGAAGACGAUGGCGAGAAGAAGAAGAAGAAGAAAAAGCGCAAGAAGGAUAACAAGAACGCCUUGACCAAGGUCCCCAAUUUCGCCGAGAGUCCCACGAUGCCCAUGUGGGAAUGGUUGGGAGUUUGUCUGUGGCGAGAAGCAUGACGCGAAAGACUUCACUGCGAAUGUCGAGGGUAAGACAUCCUGUGUCGACAUGUUGCGGACCUACCGGGCCAUCACCAAGCGGCCCGAGCUGAAAGACAUCCGGAGCGCAGCGGAAAAGCUCGACCGGAUCUGCGACGUUUUCCGUGAGGAAUAUGGCGACGAGGACCUGCUGACGGAAGGUUUGGAGAAAUGCAUUACGGACGGGAAGAAGCAGAGGCCGUCCGAGUGGUUCCGCGAAUUCCAGCAAAAGCAUUCUGCUUUGCCAGCUGGAGCUAUCGCCACGCGCGAGGUGAUCCAUCCGUGUUGCCCGUCGCAACUGUACGGAAAUGGUGCGCAAGAUCAUUAUCAAUGAUCGCCCCAAGACCCUCUCCGAGCUUGCGACCAGUAUCGCGAAGGCACAGGCGCAGUGGAAGCCCCCGGCCAAGCGUGAAAACGCUGAAGGAGCUCUCUUCGUCGGCAGGAAAGGCAAGGGUGGCGGAAAGCACGGCCAGAAGAGUGGAAAGGGCAAAGGCAAGAAGGGCGACCGUGCUUGCCACUAUUGCAAGCGCCCCGGACACUUCAUUGCCGAAUGCCGUGACAAAAAGCGCGACGAAGCCAGCGGAAUUUACAAGAAUGGCAGCUCGUACGCCGCGGCCACGAAGUCGAACAACGGCAACAGCCACCAGAACCAGGGAAACCACAAUAACCAAGGUGGACAGCCGCAGCAACAGCAGCAAGUCUACCAGCCGCCGCAGCAGCAGGCGUACCCACUGCAGCAGCAGCAACAGCAGAACAGCCUCCCAGCCCAGCAGGUGUGGCAGCCGCCGCAGCAACAAAAUGGCUAUGGGCACUACAUGGCAGCCCCGUGCAUUGAAAUCACUAAAAAGUCCGAGCGCUUGCAGUGCUUCGCAACACAGACUGCCCACGGUGCGAAUGUGGUGGGCUGCAUCCUGUUGGUGGACUCGUGUGCAAGCCGGCACAUGCGUGGCGACUUAAGUUUGUUGCACUCCUUGCGCCCGGCAGACACGAAGCUGACUUUCUCGACUGCGAGCGGUUUUGUAUGCGAAAGUCGUACCGUCGGAGACAUGUGGGGCCCGACGGGUUGCAUGUUCAAGAACGUGGUCGACGUGAAGCCCCUGGGUUCGAAGACCCUCCUAUCACUGGAUCUUUUGCGGAAAAGUGAACGGCUUUCCGGUAUCCAUCGACAGCAUGAAUUUCUUCAGCAAGUUCCCCACGCAUAUCCUGGGAGGAUUCACUACGGUCAAGAUUCCGAUGCACUUCCUUGGUGGCGAAUCCGGUGGAGAAGUGCUCUGUCACGAACACGCAGGAGCUUAUGGAGUCACUCUGGUGCGCUAAUUUUGAUCAUUUCAGUAGCUUUGUUGGUUUUGGUAGUGAUGCUAGACUAGCUUGGUACGAAAUAGACGGAGCAAACCUCUCCACUUCGGAGAUCAUCAAUGAAAUUCGAAUGAAUCGGAGCAAGCAACUUGUAAUGCUCUGCCCUGUCAUCAGCGACGAGGUCAAGAGCAAGCUGAAAACAGUGGCAGCCUUUUUCGAUGAGCCAGUAACCGUGUCAGCUGGCCCCCUAACUACACAGGCCAGAACGUUCGAAAUCAGCAGUGAAGAAAUCCAGAGUCUCGCCGCGAUUUGCUUAAAAAGUGGACAAAUUUGCGGACUCGACUCACGCCAGACCGCGAAAGGUUCUGAACCUGUUGAAAACAGUACACAGGUGCAGUUUAGCCACGUGACUCAGAGCAAUUCGGUUCUCGCAGCACCUGAGACUCUCGCAGCACCUGAGACAGAAGUGGGAGAGUUAACGAGUGAAAGUGAUAGCGCAGCAGAAGACAGCCGGAAGCCUGUCCCAGCAAAGUCGAAAAAGAAGCCCAAAAAGAAGAAGCGAAAAGCUUCUCCACACCCAGAACGCACUAUGCCCGCGAAGAAAUUCUGCAAGCGAGAUACUGAGCACGCGCCACAGUAUGGACGCUUGCCUGCCAUACAGCAAAAUAUGCGAAGUAGCUGCUAACUUGUUUCUACCUACCUUUCAGAACGUCUGGGAUUGGAAAUUAUUAGAACCAUGGGCAACAGUCCACAGGCUCCUGGCUUGGUUGUGCAUUUCUGCAAACAUAACUUGCAACGCCUUAAGACCAUGGCCGUCCCCCAUGAUAAGGUCGGCGGAAUCGAUUCCAAUUCGAUCUCCGACGGACUGGGUAGCGCUGGACACAUUUUGGCCCGUAGGCAAGAGCCAUGCCGUUUUGCAUGCUAUCAACCUGCACAGCCGCGCAAGUAAAACGCAUACACUGACGCGCGCCCCGAAAAUGCAGGACACUAAAAAACUCCUAGAAAGCCUCAAGCCGUGUGGGAUUAUCGGCAAGAAUAUCCUACGCGACCAAGGCAAGGAGUUCGAUAGUUCUGAAGUUCGUCAGUUUUGUCAGUUAUAUGGCUAGCAACUCUUCGGAACCCCCAAAGCCUCUUGGGUAAAUGGUAUCUGCGAGCGUAGACAUAGAGUCUGCAGGUCUGUUCUGCACAGGCUCAGAUAUGUAUUCGGACAGAGAACCACUCCUAUCCCCAAAUUAGUCGAGCAAGCCACUAACGCUGUCAAUAUGACACCAACUAGCGCACUAGAUGGCCUAUGUCCGUGCCAGGUUCAGGGGGUUACCAAUCCCCAAAAGUUGGAGCCCCCUGGCCCUGAGGACUUAAGCGGUCAGCAGCUUGCACUUAUGCAAGACCCUGAAGUAAAAGAAGCCUACCAAAUGCGUUGCGAGGCUAGAGCCUGGAUUGAAAAAGUUAAAACUGAUAGUCAGCUCGUGGCCGAAAUGAAGAAGCUGCGAGAAACGCAAAGGAACUGCUACAAAGAGUCCGACGAAGUUAAGCAAGGCGAGCUAGUGGAGUUGUUUGAUAAAGAUAAGAAGGAGUGGAUGGGUCCAGCGACUCUAAUCCAUAGACAAGUCAGCCCGGACUCAGUAACAAACUUUUGUAGUAGCUAGAUCACGACGGCCACUAUCGCCGCGGGCAUGCUAGUCAUAUUAGAAAGCACGCGACAGCUAGUGACAUGCUGCUACCUCCUAUGCUGUUGAAAAUCUUAUACAAGACGCACAGGGUGCCCGUGGGGCAGAGGCUACCGCCAGUCGGUGAGUUUGUUGAAGAAGAGGCGAAAAGAGAAGUCGUCAGCGAUGCAUCGGAUAGGCGCAAGGGCACAAGACCAACGAAAGUAAAUCAGGACGAAUUCGAACUCGAUCCGAAACUUGAGGAAGCCCAGCCAGUGCGGCCUGGAAGUAACAAGGAGAAGCCUGCCAGCGUGCAGAAGCAUGCUAGUGAGCAGAGGGAGCCUGUGUGGCACAAUCCUGCCAGCGAGCAGAGGAAGCCUGUGCGGCACGAAGUGAAAGGGAGCCAGGAGUUGCGUCCUGAUGAGAAAAGCCAGGCACUGCGACCUGAGGAGUCCCAUUCCAAGAGAUGCGCGGACAGCCUGCGUGGCAAAAGUAACUCAGUGGAGCAGUCGCAGCCAGUGAAGUCUGUUGACAGACAGUGAGGAGCCCCGAGCCGCUUCAGGCGGGGAGGAAGGCGUAGGCCUUUCCAAGAGAUUCCGGCUCACUAAGGAUGAUAGGGAUUCUGUAUCUGAUAGAAUAAAAGCCGAAGAAGCUGAGAAGCUUAGGAGUGUCCUAGCUAACGAGGAAACGCUUCCAGUACGUGGAGCAUGGCAUUUGAGAAAUGCAGAGCGCCUAAAGACGCUGAAGCAAAUCCGCGAACUAGUUGAGGCGCAGCCCGAAACUAGAGAACUAAAGGAGGGCCAGCUGCAAACGCUAGCAGCUGACAUAGCCGAAAGGUGUAGAACUAGUGAAGAGCUUAACCACAUAGACGAGAGCGCCCUAAUUGCUAUGCUAGCGCCUUUAGUAGUUAGAGACUGGGAAAAGGGUGGGACUUGUUUUAAAGUCGCAACCCUACCAAAAGAGCGAGAAGACUUUGACACGUCUACCGACGAAUGGCGUGCAGCUAUCAAGAAGGAGCUCACAGCCCGCAAGCAUGUAUGUAGACAAGCAACCGAAGAAGAACUUCUAACCCUUAAAAAGUCAAGAAGCAGACCAAUUCCGUGCAGGAUGCUGCUGCCACGCAAACGCUGUGGCGGAUGCAAAUUCAGAAUUGUUUGUCUUGGAUUUAUGGACGAGAUUUCUUCGUGUGAUUCUUAUGCUUCUAGUCCCGAUCUUAGCCUUUUGCGCAUGUUGUUAGCGCUUAAGUGCCAGGCGCCAGGAUUGUACGCAUUCCCCAGCGAUGCUGCGUCAGCCUUUUUACAAGCUCCCUACCCGACUGAUGGCGUUGCUAUCGAUUUAGACGCACGACUACAGGCUGAGUUGAGCUACCGCUACGCUGUUGUAGUCUAUGCGAUGAACGGCCUGCGCCUAAGUAGUAAAGCGUGGGAAAGCCACAGGGAUUCAAAACUCGAAGAGCAAGGCUGGAAACGCAAUCCAAUCGAGGCCACUCUCUGGCAACGUGGCUUGGUUUUGCUUUUGGUAUUUGUUGACAGCUUCUGGCUUUUCGGGAAGAAGGAGGAAGGCGCGAAGUAUCGUGAUAAACUCAAGCCAGUUUUGAAACUAGAACCUGAGACAGUACGUGACGAGGGACGCUACCGCGUCUAUGAUGUUUUGGGCAUUGUGAGGCGUGGGGGUGUACUCCCUCGGGUGAUAUUUUGCUCUCCCAAGAUGUUUGCGCGCAGAAAAUUCUGAAGAGAUUCGGCGGGGAUAUUGGGAAAGCAGUCACGUUGCCAAUGGAAUCUCCCGCGAAUUCUGCAACAGAGGACGACCCUAAACUCUUGAAACCUAAGCAAGAAAUGGCCGGAAGUCUGCAGUACUUAGCUCAUACGCGUGUAGAUAUUGUAGUAGCGCUAAAAGCCUGCGCCAGGGUGAAAGCAAGUGCUGAAAGCAUUGCAGCCCUGAAGCGUCUAUUUAGAUACCUGCGGACACGUCGUGGAUUGCAGUACAAGAACAACCGCGAGACCUUCGGUGACAGGCUGGGCUUAUCGUCUUGGAGCGAUUCGGACUGGGCAUCGUUUUCGGACCGAAAAUCCAACUUCGGUGUAGUCAUCACCUUGAACGGUUGCGCAAUUGCUUGGCGCAGUGUGCCUCAGCAUUCAGUAUCUACAAGCGUCAGCGAAGCCGAAUUAUAUGGCAUGAGCGAAGCGAGCAAAAUGGCUGCGCGUUUCUACUAUGUAUUGGAUUCGCUGCGAACUUGGUGGCGUCAGUAUUUUAUUAGCCAGAGCUUAUUGCUUCCAAUUACCCUUGCACGCGAUAACAGUUCUGCGAUUACUUACAGCCAAGGUUCAUGUGGUGCGUAGUCUCAACUGAAACAUUGGGACGUCAGACAUGCAUUAAUCAAAGACCUGACUCUACGCGAGUGCAUCAAACCCCUCCACCACAGUGCGAAAGUCAAUCGACCGAAUGGAUUGACUAAAGUUUGCCCCGCAAUCGAAUUUUAUGAAUUCCUGAAACUCAGCAACAUCGUCGUGCUGGAUAAUUGAAAACGAACACAGAGCGACGGGGAUGCUAGUGGACAAGUCCCGACAGGGGGACGGAGGUCGAGAAGGAUGAUUCGAUGACGGAGAUGGAGAUAUUUUGAAGGCCUUGAGCAAGCAAACUAAGACAGCUUUACUUGGCGAAAAUUUUACAGGUUUCAGCUACUCGCUGCAAACUCAUUCUGCUUGUUUCUUUUAUAUCAAAGCACCUGCAACCGAUAGCGACCUACUCCGUUUUAUCUGUUAGUAUGGACAUUGCCAGGAGUGAGGGGGACCAUGGCAAAUAAAUGACGAACCAUUCGCAGCGUAGCUUCACUCCUGUCCAGUGAUCCAAUAAAUGAGCUUUACAAUCUUGAGAGAGAUCCUGAAGGAAACACAAGGAAGCCAAUGACCUAAAUGAUCCCGGAACUAGUGCGAAGCUGUUUCACGGCCACCGCUCUGGGGGUGGUCGGGACAAGAAGCAGGACGACCUUAAAACCAGCAGGGUGGAAGACUUACCCAAGACACCCUCUGAAAGAAUACGUACAGGCCUUGAGUUAUAUUGCAUACCGUGAAUGCUAAGAAUCUGCGCAGUAAUUGGGGACUAGCCUCAACCUUCCGGCUAUCCCUAUUUGAGAGACCAACUGCAUCCCUUUGGAUAUUGUUCCCGACUGGUAGUGAGUCUUUUCUGUGUGGUUCGUCUUCGCACUUUCGCUCCACACCCCGUAAUCCGAAUGACAAGUGGCUGCGGCCAAUGGCAGGACAAAAGGGUCGGUCUCUUCUCAGACCGACCUUACUCGAAGGAGGAGUGCCGGUAUCUGUGCGCGAUGACGGAUGGUUGCGCGGACUUCAUUGUCGGCACAGGCGCAGGCAGUACGUGCGAUCUUCUCUCUUCGGGCUGCACGUGGUGGAUUGGGCCGUGGUGGAGAAAAUACUCCUUAAAUCAGUGUCAGCUGAAGGGCCGCGUUUGCCCCGCGGUGUGGGGCGGGGCGUGCAACGAAUUUAACUCCCUCGCGAUCGCGGGUAGUGACAUUGCCACGGUGGACCAGACCAAUGUUGCCAACACCAAGAUUACCGACUACGACCUGUUUUGUCGGGGCCGCGGCUACGACAACAACUGCGUGGCGAUGUUUCGCAACCAGAACAACGGGCAGGCGCAGGCUAUGUACUUUGUGGACGGCUGUACGCAAUCCUCGGCGGCAGGAUGGCAGCACUGGAGUAUGGCGCAAAACCAGGCAAAGUGUAAGGCGUACGUGCCCCGCGUCGAUGGGACCUCCUGCCCCUCCACCUUCCAGGGCGCCUGCGCGAAUAUGAACGACAAGCAGCUCGGGUCGGGCAUUUAUUACAACGAUCGGGUUUACAGCGUCGCCGAGUGCCGCUACCAGUGCGCGAACACCCCAAAUUGCGGUGGGUUUUUCACGAGAACUAUCCUCAGUAAAGACGUUCCCGCCCGCCCAUAGUUCUUGUCAGGCAGAUUUGCAUGUACAGGUACGCGAACGUUUGUAAUGCGCAUCCCCAUGAGCAUGAGCGACAUUUCUACGUCGUGUUUUGGAAUUUGUAAUGCUGUAUUAAUAAGUAUAAAAAGUAUAAGAUUGACAGAAUUUGUGAUGCGCCAUGCGUUACUUCCAAAGCUUUUGGACCAUUUGUGUUGCUAAGUUUCCAAGAACUUGAGUCCAGGGUGGGAGCCACGACGUUUUUACAUUCAAUAGGAAGCAACGGCGAGUGUUGGCUUUUUCAGGAUGGCUGCACGCCUUCCGUCAACCCGGACUUCGUUUACUACCGCAUGAGCGACUGCAACCUGCUAGCCGAGCCUAUGGUCGGCACGCUUGUCUCGGUGCGAGCUCUGUCUGCCACAUUCUCGGGCGCCGCUUGGGUCACAGCGGCGCAGGUGUUGCUGAGACCGGAGUACGAUUUUUCCUCUCGAGGUACCCAAGAAAAAAAACUGUGUUAGUGUAACUUUCUUUGGCUGACAGCAUCACAGAGUUGCUCUACAUGAAACAAAAAUCCUGUCAUGCGUGGCUUGUAAGGGAAAACUAACACACAUGGGAAGAGGACUGCGUGGCUGUCUGGCAUGACAGGCGUAACUCUCUUGCAUUUUCUGCAUUACAGAGUUACACCUACAUCACAGCUUUUUUCUUGCAUACGAUGGGGGUCCGGGACCAAUAUAAUCGCCUCGGACAUCAGUGUGUGUUUGAACCUAUCAAAUGUAUAUAUGUCUGGAUCUGGAACACUGCAACUUGUCAUGCUGAAUCUGAAUCAUUCAAAAAUCUGUGUUUCGUCAGCGUGAUUAGCAAAAGCUUCCGACCUUGCUUCGACCAAGUGCAAGUGGAGAGGGAGUUUCUCAUGCAGGAAGAUACGGAGGAUAGAGACCUCACUGCAGAAUUUGUUAUGCAAGGCCCUGCAUUCAAGACCUCAUGGGCCAUGCGAGACCUGCAUGACAAACCUUGCAAUCUUCCAGAGGACCCAGACAUGACAUAUUUGCAGUGGAUAGAAGCUGCAACGCGGAGGCCUCUCCAGGCAGUUUUGGGCCGCAGAGUUUCGCGACGGGGCGCUCCACUACGUUAGCGGUUUCAUGAUUUUCAAACGGGGGGACAACGAUGCCUGUAAGAAUAAUUUCCAAUCCUACGCGUCCUUGGAGUACUACGAUCAGAACGGCGUCCUGCUGGAAGCCCCCACCGCCGUGAUGACGUCUGGGAUUGUCAUGGCUGCCGAUGGCGUCUGGGUUCCGGUGAACAAGUGGCUGCACAAACUGCAAAUCGCCGGACCGACCUCCGGUCCGGGGCUGGACGGAAGCCUUUGCUGGUGUGGCAUCUGGAUCUACGAAGAUUUGUCUGUCACGUCAACAUAUGCAUACUUGCAAAAGUAUCGUACUGGUAUAUAACUUGCGUCACAAGUUCUUUUCUGAAGGAGAGAAAUAGCAUUUAUAAUGGUGGUUUAAUGCUGAACCUGAAGCAUCGGGAUUCGUCAUGCGCCAUGGCUGCAAUUGCUACAAUUUCGAUACUUUUGCAAUGCAUAUAAGAACCAGCACCACGCCGGUACCGACAGCCACGGCGGCACCACCCCCUGUCACCACGAGCACAAGCACCACCUCGACGUUUGUGCGGCGGACAAACUCGUGGCCCCGACGCGCGCCGGGGGCGACCCCCACCAAGGUUUCCAUGGAGAACCCCGCCUGCAACGGCGCCGCACCGAUGGUAGGGCAGGGGGACCUUAGCUCGUGGCGAAGUUCUAUCCAAGAAAAUAAAAAGUAACUGCGUUAGUGUAUUAACUUUCUUUGGCUGACAGCAUCACAGAUUUGCUCUACAUGACAGAGAAAAACUGUCAUGCGUGGGUUGUAAGGGAAUGGGAAAACACACAUGGAAAGAGGACUUCAUGGCUGUCUGGCAUGCCAGGUGUAGUAACUCUCUUGCUUGUUUUGCAUUACAGAGUUACACUUACACAGUUUUUUUCUUGCAUAAGUUCGGAGGGCGUGAACGACUUGGGGGAAACGACCCCGCGGUGGUACGCGACCGCUUCGCAACACACCACGCAGACGUAUCAGAAGGAAAAAUCUCCCCUCCCCAUAUCGCUACGAAGUUUCUGAUGCUGGAUUUGCGUACACAAAUCAGUUGCGUCUUGCAGUGAAGGACUGCAGGCCCAUAUCACGCCUGAGUAGAGAGGGGCUGGCCUAGGCGUUUAGCAUGAGAAACGUCUUUUCUGUAGGCCCACCAGCAUCACAGACCGCCGGCAUAAUGCGGCGGAGCCUGUGGAGUUGCCUUCUUGCAAGACAGACGCGAUUUGUGGCCACAAAUCCGCAUUGCAAAGUUUCUGAGGCGUGCCGUUUCGUCGAUAUGGGGCGCGGCGCGGAUUUUUCCUCGCGAUAAGACGGGCACGGGGCUCCCCUUCUACAUGUCGCCCAACCCGACACGGCACGGCAGCUGUUGGCACUCGGCGGAGGGCGACGGCGCACCUUACUGGUUCGCCAAGUUUAAGGAUUCCGAGGGCGGGCAGCGCGCAGUCGCGAUUUGGCGGCUGUACAACUACGGGGCUGCGUACACGAGUGAGGCGGGCAAGAGCGUUACCAAAAGGAAAUAAAACCCCCCUCCCCACACCGAAACGAAAUUUCUGAUGCUGGAUUUGCUUACAGCACUACAUUUCCGGUUUGUCUUGCAGUAGAAAAACUGCAGGCAUAUGCUAAGCCUGAGCAGAGAGGGUUUGACAUACCCGCCCAGUAUGACUACACUGAAGGACCAACAGCAUCACAAACCGCCGGUAUAAUGCGGCGGAGCCGGUGGGCUUGCCUUCUUGCAUAGGACGGGGCGGAUUUGUGGUCACAAAUCAGCACUGCAAACGAACUAUCAAAUGUAAAAAUGUCUGGGUCUGGAAGAAUGCAACUUGUCAUGCUACAUCUGAAGCAGGCAAAAGACAGUCUUGCAUGAUUGCCAAAGGUUGUGCACUUUUGACCUAAUCGAGAGGCAGUUUCUCAUGCAGGAUAGGCAUUGGAAAGGCUUCGCAGAAUCUGUCAUGCUAUGUCCUACAUACCAGACCUCAUGCGUUAUGGAAAACCUGCAUGACAAACCUGGCAAUCUUCCAGACCCAGACACUUUUGCAAUCCAUACGAAUCGCCGCAGGCGUGCCUCGUCUGUAUGGGGAGGGGGGGAUUUAAUUUUUCCUCGCAAUAAGCGGGCGCGAGAACCGUCUCAAGAAAGCACGAGUCUAUGUGAGAAACGAUGCCUCUGAGGAGACGGCGCUGGGCAACCUGGACCCGGCCCACCCCGAUCGCAUUCAAAGCGUGGCCCACCCCGCGGAUGCUUCCGUGACGGCCCCCGUGAAUGUGGCCACCCUGUACGACCCCGCCUUUCGCUACGUGGACAUCCCUAUCAAAUGUAAAAAUGUCUGGGUCUGGAAGAAUGCAAGUUUGUCAUGCUUGUCUGGUAUGACUCGAGAAUCUGUGUUGCAUAGGCACGAAAAGGCCCACUUACCUGUCAUGCAAAAACGCACUUUGCCAUCCGGAAUACGUAAGACAUGGCAGCCAAGAAAUUUGUCAUGCAUAGUUGCGCAUUGCAGUGCGUCUAUCAUUCACUUUUAGCAUUACAAUUUUCCAGACCCAGACAUAUUUGCAUUUGAUAAUCCCCCUGCUGGGGCGGGUUGUGCGGGAAUUCUACGUUGCGUGGGACACGGCGCGCGUCGGAGCGCCCGGCGCUACGGAGAUUUUAAACGUGUGCGGGAUCCUAUCAAGAAGAAAAAUCCCUCCUUCCCAUGAUAUCAAAACGGAAAUCUGUGAUGCAGAUUUGUGGUCACAAUGUCAUUGCUAGAAGGGAAAAGAUGCGCGCUGUAGUGCCGGGUGGCGUGGGAAAGCCUUGCGUCUUCAGUAUGUUACGACAGGAGGCAGCUGGAAGUGGGAAACAGCAUGACCAAUGGCCUGCAAUAAACGAGGCCACAGCUGCGGCUCUUGUUGGCCUUCUAGCAAUACAAGUCGAGUUGUGUACUUCUCAAAAAAUGCAGCGGCACAAGUUUCGUUUCCGAUAUGGGGCGGAGGGGGGAUUUUUCCUUUUGAGAGAUCCAGAUACUGGAGGAUCAGGCCGACCUCCACCCGCCCGCGCUGGCCGGCUUCGACGCCGUUGCGCGGCGCGUGCCGUCGGCGGACAAUCUGGACACCUACUACGACCUCGCCCACUAUGGUGUGAAGCUGUUCGAUAUCAAAUGCGAAAAUGUCUGGGUCUGCUGGAACAAAGCAACUUGUCAUGCUAAAUCUGAAGCAUGUAAAAAUCUGUGUUGCAUUGUUACCAAAAGCUGUCCACUUUUGACGUAAUCGAGAGGCAGUUUCCCGUGCAGGAUAGGCAUGAUAGAACUCUCACAUAAUCUGUCAUGCUAUGUCCCGCAUACCAGACCUCAUGGGUCAUGGAAAACCUGCAUGACAAGGCUGGCACCCUUCCAGACCCAGACAUUUUUACAUUUGAUAUUCGAGUUUGCGUCGGUGAGCAAUGCCCACGAGCUUUACAUUGACGGCCCCCCCUUCUUAUCGACUGCAAAUAUAAUGUGUCUGUCUGGGUCUGGAAGAUUGCGAGACCUGUCAUGCUUGUCUGGCAUGACUUCUCCGCACUCUGUAAUAUUGCGUGGCAGCUAGAAGCAGCCUCUCUCGCCUGUCGUGCAAAAACGCAGUUUCUCAUUAGGAAUACGCAGCACAGAAGCACGAGAAAACUUGUCAUGCUUGGCGGCGCACUUCUACAGUGCACUUUUUAGUCACUGACAUGCGUCACAACUCACCCAGACAUAUUUGCAAGCUAUACUUCUUCGACGAUUUUCGCCCACUGCUGGUGAACGGGACGGCGGCGGAGGUGGUGCUGCCGGCGGGCCGGGUCCUGGGGCUGCGCGUUUUUGUGGACUGGAAGGACCAGGGCUGGGGCCACCGGAAGGGCGGGCUGCAACUGGAGAUGGCAGCCAGCGGAGAGACGUUCGACAUGGCGCCAGCACCGAAGAAGCGCGAAAGCCACAUCUACGUGGUCAAUGGUUGCACCAGCCACUACCGGUUCCUACGAUAUUCCAGUGGGGCCACGAUGAACAUCAAGCACCGCAUCGGCACUGGGAAUGGACACGUGCUGCACAUUCUCGCGCUUCGCAUCGACGCCAUCGUAGACAACAGUCGCCGGGCUCUGACGGCGGCAAGAGACAGGAAUGAUCUGUAAGUUGUAGUCCUGUACUCCGAAAGUUUACUGGCAGUUUAAGUAUUAUUUUUAGAACGCAGGGGCGUGCUGCAGCUCCGUGCUAAGUAAUAAAUACUACAAACACAAGUUGUACAACAACUUAGAAUGAAUAAAGUACUAUAUCGAUUCUUGUGGACGAGAUCGAUGCAGUUCGUCUGUGGGCUGUUGAACUAGACCAAGUACGUAAGCGGACUCCAUUCGAGGAAUCUGGUGGUGGCCAGACGACAGAAGCUUUUUUACAAAGACACUUCUGCGCCGAGUUUUACUGAAGAAAUAAUUUUUGGCAAAGAUUGAUUUGUUUUCCG